UACUUUCUUCCGCCUUUUGUUGAUGUUGAUGUUUUGUGAUUUUUUGGUUUGGUUGCGAACAAAUCCGAUCAUUGUGUUUAGUCGUCUACGUUUUUGCGUACGUGUCCUGCAUUUCUGCUCGGUACAUGGAACUCUCUGCAUCGAGGCCUCCUACUAGCUGCUAGCAAGUUCUCGUACAAGUACGAGUAGCUUCCAAGCCAUCCACAGCUCUGGAUGCUCUCACAAUUUUCAAGUAGCACAAUACAAAACAAAUCAAUAUUCCAACCAUGAAGCUCGCAAUUUUCACCGCCCUUGUCGCCUCCGCGGCUGCCUUUGCCCCUGCUUCCCACAAGGGAGCCUCCACCGCCUUGAAGGCCGCCGACUUCAAGUCCGAGGUUGGUGCCCAGAUGCCUCUCGGCUUUUGGGAUCCCAUGAACAUGGUCGGAUCUGGAGACCAGGGACGUUUUGAUCGCCUCAGAGAGGUCGAGAUCAAGCACGGACGUAUCUCGUGAGUAAUUAUUAACAAAGCGAUGGAUCUGGUGAUGUUUGGAAUCUCGCUGAAUACAAUAUUCAGCUAGAUUGAAUUGAAUUCAUCCGGUCUUUGACUCACAUGACUCUUUUCUUUCUUUCCUACCUCACAAACAACAAUCGUGCAUAUAGCAUGCUUGCCAUCGUUGGAUACCUCACCACUUACGCUGGUGUUCGAUUGGACGGCAUGGAAUCCAUGCCCAACGGAUUCGCCGCACUUUCCCCAAGCGCGUGGGCCGAAAACCCUGUAGCAAAGUCCCAGAUCUACGGAACUGUCAUCUUCAUUGCUUUCAUGGAGUUCUGCGUCAUGAAGGACCACCUCGGAAACGCUGAGUUCCCAGGUGACUACCGAAACGGUGGAUUCGAUCUCGGAUGGGACAACUUUGACGAAAAGACCAAGCUCCGCAAGCGAGCCAUCGAGCUCAACAACGGUCGUGCUGCUCAGAUGGGUAUUCUCGGACUCAUGGUCCACGAGAAGAUGGGAAACGUCGCCGAUAUCUUGCCCUUGGCAAAAUAAAUACAUGAUCACCUGAGUCCUCUUGGAGGAACUAGGAUGAGCACUCCGCUAUCUGUCGCGUCAACAACAGCAACGGACUUAGGAAAGUGACUCAGUCGAAGUGAAGUGCCCCCAUGCGACCCUAGCGACACGGAGUGUGCCGUGUCGCGAGUUCGUAUGGUGCGGGCGCCACUUAGGUAGAGCGUGCGGAACCGUUCUUACAAAUUAUUGUAAGCACAUUGCUUGCUUGCUACUAGUGCAGUGCAGCCAGGCAACUGUUGCUUCGCACCCUACGAACACCCAACACAAAAUAUAUCUGGAACUAUCAACUUGUAAUUAUAAACCCACGAUUAUUUUUGCGGUUCACAAAUCAUAUAGUUUUGUGUGUACAUCAAGAAAUGAAAUAGUAUGCC